AUGGAUGCACUCUUCUCAGUUCCUGUCCUCUCUCUAUUUCUCCUUCCUGCCAUGUCGUCAUACACGACGAGCCUCAAUCUCAUUUUCUUCUACAUGACGUGGACGACACUCGUGCUGUCACACCCUCCCAUCCGAGUUGAACUAUUCGGUACAGCUGCAGUGCGUCUAUUGUUCUUUGCGGCCCCAUCCGUCCUCUUCUUUCUCUUCGAUGUCCUGACUCCGUCGGCUGCUGUGGUCAUCAAAGCGCAAGGUGAGCCUGCCCUACCGGGCGGGAAGAGACAGCGCCGAAUUCGCCUCAAGGAACUCAAAGUAGCUGGCUGGUCCCUGCUCAAUAUCUGCCUGGGAAUUGCAACGCAGGCAGCUAUCGAGGCGCUUCUCGUCCGUCUCUUUCAAACACGCAGUGCAAUCAAGGUAUCCAUGACACUCCCGAUGCCAUGGCAGAUGGUGAAGAGUAUGUUCUUGGGGCUGAUGGUACGAGAGUCCCUCACCUAUGUUAUACAUCGCUAUUUCUUACACAAUAAGCGAAGGGUGAACAUCGUCUCCGUCGUCGCCUCUUAUCUGACGCAGCUCCAUGAGUCCUGGUACCACGAGUUAUACACCCCUUAUCCGCUUACCGCGCACUACGACCACCCGCUAGUCUACCUAUUGUACAAGUUUCUUCCGACCUACCUGCCAGCGAUGAUCUUCCGCUUCCACAUGCUUACAUUUCUCUUCUACCUAACCAUCAUAUCCAUGGAAGAGACGUUCGCAUACUCGGGAUAUACCAUAAUGCCGACGAGUUUCUUCCUCGGAGGAAUUGCGCGCCGCACUGAUAUGCAUCUGCUCGAGAAUGGAGAAGGCAACUUUGGUCCAUGGGGGAUCCUGGAUUGGGCGCUGGGAACUACCGUCGGAGAUACAGAUAUCGAGGAUGAUCUCUUGGAUGAGAUGGAUCAACACGAUCUCGAGGAGAAAGUUCGGAAGGCUCUGGAAAAGUCGAAAAAUAAAGUGCGGGAAGGCACCUUGCGGAGAAACAAGCCUCUUCCUCGUGGCGGGCGUGCGGAGAAAUCGUGA